AUGAUGUUGCUUAACUCAUCUGGUCGAGAUAAUUUUGAUUUCUUCAAACCGAACAAUCAAAACCAAUCCGUAUCUUCUCAACAACAAAUAUCUACUGAUCAAUCGAGAAUAAUCCAACGACAAACUCAUCAAGCUAUUAGAACCGCUACUUAUAAUACUGCUAUCCAUCAAAAUGUGACGUGCGAUGGUUGUGAAAUGUCACCAAUCAAAGGAGAUCGUUAUAAAUGUUUGUUUUGUCCAAAUAUUGAUUUUUGCGAAUCAUGUAAAUCUACUGGCAAACCAAGUCAUAAUUUAAAUCAUCCGUUAUUAUGUAUUAAGGAUUCAAGUUUAUAUUCAAGUUCAACCUACAUAUCUAAUCGUAGUCAACUGUGUCAUGACAAAAUUCAAUGCAAUCUCUGUCAUAUAAAUCCAAUUAUUGGUAUUCGGUACAACUGCUCUUGUGGAAUAAAUUUAUGUGAAAAAUGUGAAUUUAUUGGUACACAUGAUCAAAAUCAUCAUCGUACAAAAAUAACAGUGCCAAAAGGUAUCAAUUGA